AAGAAGCGUCAACACCAGAAGCCCGUCACUCCCGACAGCGAGGUCAAGAUAGAAGUUCCGUUGAAACAGGUACGAACCCCCAAGAAUGCACCUGUGGAAUACUGGACUCGGAAGAAGAAGUGGCCAAGAAGACUAUUUGAAUUUUGCCCUGAAGAGUGGGGGACUCGUUCUGUUCCAACUAACCCUGGAUUUAUUCAAUUGUUAACAUCUACAUCUACAGCUAUAUCUGAAGCCAAGUCUGACGCUUAUUUCUCAGACACAUGCAUACGUUACCUUAAAUCCAAGGGCUGUUAUAUCGUACGUCAUAUGUCUGGGCUAGCAGGGAUUGCAGAUGAGGAUAAACAGGUUUGCCAGAAGCUGUUGAAAAGAGACUCCGUGACUCCCACACAUACCAUGACAGUGUUCGAUGAUGAUGCUUUGGAAUAUGUGGUAAGCAGAGGACCCAUUAAAAAUGAGACCGGGGUUAUACGAUUGAUCGCUCAAUGUAUUGUGCCAUCGGCCGAACUCGAGAUGUGCCGCGGCAGACUCGGAUCUUUACGCCUCAUUGAAAGCAUUAAUGAACCCUGGAUCAAGUCCAGCGCCCUCCAGCACGGCGUAAAACCGGUGAAACGGGGAGAGCAACCCCAAUCACGACUUCCAACCCCUCAGCCCGACUAUGCUGCUGGGUUUUCCAAACAGGGACUGACCAUGAACCAGCGUGAAAAGCUGAAGCCUUUACUGGGUCAGUCUGGGGAGACUUCUGUGUUGCAGGGUACCGAGAAUAUGAUCUUUCCGUUCCUCACCGCAGAAGUCAAAUCUAGCACAGUCAGUUUGGAACUUGCCGAUCGACAAAACACUCACAGCAUAACUCGUGCAAUGAGAGGUGUAGUGGAGCUGUUCAAAAUUGUCGGGCGCGAGGAUGAGUUACAUCGACGGAUUUUGGGCUUUUCUAUAGUGCAUGAUCAUGCCGCGGUAGAAGUAUACGCCCACUAUCCGAUCAUGGGACCGGAGCAAACACAAUAUUAUCGAGACGAAGUCAUGCCUCACAAGAUCAGUCGACAGAAUAAAGCCCUGCGGUGGGCUUCAUACAACUUUGUGCUGGGAGUCUAUCAUCAUUGGGCCCAACAGCAUUACGACCGAUUGCGCUCGGCGAUUGACCAGCUACCUGAAGAAAUUGACUUUUCAGCGGAUGGCCGAACAAUCGGGAGGGCGACAAUACCAACGACGGCACAGGAUUCUAUACAUUUUUCUCAUGAGGGCUCACUUUGCCCGCGCCCGCGCCUACAAACAAGACAAAGAGAAGGCAGUAGUUAG